GCAAAAACGACUGGAUCAAUCAUAACCCGCAAAACUGGCCAGCGAAAGAGAGCUGCAAACAUCUACCUAUGGAAGCUACCCCAGGAACUACAAAAGGCCAUCAAGAAAGCCACAGAGCCACCACAAUAAUUAUGAAUCGACUUCUGAUACAGAUCAACAAGAGCCAGCCACACCUCCUACCCCAGUGCUAUGCAACUACUCAGAGCUGUCUGAAGGCGGCGGCGAGCUAUGCAGCCACCUCCCACAUCGAGUGAACAGCAGACCAGCGAGGAAGAGCAGAUCACUAAAUUCAACACCCAUAACUCAAAAACAAAACAACAUAUAGUAAUGAAAUUUUAUAAAAAUGGAGAUAUCCGUCCCCCGAAGAGACUGGUCAUACUUAUAUCUUUGUAAACAGCAACAAAUA